AUGGCGUCUCUCCAGGAGCCCCAGCGCGUCGCCGAGAUAAUGCUGGCAUGGCUAGGUCUAGAACUCGUCUCCCUCACGGAGCUCCAGACUCUCUGGGCAGGCUACGGCCACAUCUGCGCCUUGACUGCAAAGCUUUCCGAUACCAAUGGCGCCGCCAGCGCGAACCGACAGCUGCUGCCGGUACGGGCAGAAGGAGACGGCACAUAUCGCCUCAUCAUCAAGCUCAUCUCACCACCCCGCGUCAAGGGAUCGGACGAGGGCCACCUGCGCAAGAUGCUGAGCUAUGAGGUUGAGCAGUACUUUUAUCAGGAGAUUGCACCAAGGCUAUCAGAUGACGUGGCUGUCGCAAAGUGCCUCGCUUCCACUCUCGAUACGGAGAAUAAGACCCGCAAGGACGAACUUCAGGGUCUCACUGCCACCAUCAUCACGGACCUUCGACCCGAGUUUCCUGUAGCCGGUGAAAAGAGGCUGGUACUCCACCGCAAGCAGGUCAAUGCCGCGCUGGACUGGCUGGCAAAGUAUCACAGCAGCUCUUGGGCUUCGCUCCCGGAUGAUCUUGGGCAAUUCGUGCUGCCCCCGCUGGAAGAGGCAAAGCGAAGAGAGGCUGGUGCUGGCGUCGCGCAGCCCAAGAUGUGGCUGAAUGGAGGUUACACCUACCUCGCCACCAGACGGAAGGAAUAUGGAUCGCUGUGCAGAAAUGACUAUUCCGAAUGGUCUUCGGCAUUUUGCGACCCCGUCGAGGGUUCAUUGUCCUCAAUUGCCGAGCUGGUUGCCGAUUUCCUCACACCAUCCGGCAGGCCCUUUGAGACAUACAUCCACGGGGACGUCAAGUCCGAGAACCUCUUCACCACCAAAGCCGGUGACAAGGUGGCAUUCUUUGACUUCCAGUACGCAGGGUUGGGCAUUGGCGGCUGUGAUCUCGCCAAGCUGUUCACCUGCUCGGUUCCCGUGGAGAUGCUCACUCAUCACGAAGAUAUACCAGAGCGGCUCGAUAUGGACAAGGGCGAGAGAGCUCUUCUAGAACAAUAUAGAAACACCCUCUUGGCUCAGAGGCCAUCAGGAAAGGGGCCCGACGAGUACGGUUGGGAUGAAUUUGUGCGACACUGGGAGAGUGCCUUGGUCGAUUGGUGCCGCUUCCAGGCAUCUUGGGGUUUCUGGGGAAAUACAGAAUGGCUCGAAGCUAGAGUUAGAUACAUUCUUGCCGACCAAGAUUGGCGGGACUGGCUGAAGAAGGAGGCGCUUCGGCCAUAG